UUUGACAGAAUUAAAAAAAUUAAUUUCAAUAAAAAUAUAGACAGUAAAGUCUCCGGUGCGUCUAAACAAAAAUAUUACUUUAUUGAAUAAUUAAGAUCUUUCAAUCAUGUCGAAAUCCGGACAUCCCGGCACCUCGGAGAUGCAGCAGUCGGAUAAUCAAGCGCAGGUCUCACAGAAAGUUUGGGAAAUAUCCAAUGCUAUUGAAGUCGUUAAUUCAGUAGAUGAAAUUUAUCGUUACGACAAAAAACAACAGCAAGACAUCUUGGCCGCCAAACCUUGGGAAAAAGACCCACACUUUUUUAAAGACAUCAAAAUAUCUGCAUUAGCUCUGUUAAAGAUGGUUAUGCACGCUCGGUCUGGAGGUACUCUCGAAGUAAUGGGCCUAAUUUUGGGCAAAGUAGACGGUAACACAAUGUUCGUAAUGGAUUCGUUUGCAUUGCCUGUAGAGGGUACUGAAACUCGUGUCAACGCUCAAGCGCAAGCUUACGAGUACAUGAGUUCAUAUAUCGAAGCUGCGAAGCUAGUUGGACGUCAGGAAAAUGCCAUUGGUUGGUACCACAGUCAUCCAGGAUACGGUUGUUGGUUAUCCGGAAUAGACGUAAGCACGCAAAUGUUAAACCAAAACUUUCAAGAACCCUUUGUGGCUAUUGUAAUUGACCCGGUCCGUACGAUAUCUGCUGGUAAAGUGUGCUUAGGAGCUUUCAGAACUUACCCCAAGGGAUACAAACCAGCAAACGAGGAACCAUCAGAAUAUCAAACAAUACCUUUAAACAAAAUCGAAGACUUUGGGGUUCAUUGUAAACAAUACUAUUCGUUAGAAGUGUCGUAUUUCAAAUCUGUUUUAGAUAGGAGACUAUUAGAUUCAUUGUGGAAUAAAUACUGGGUAAAUACUCUCAGUUCAUCUAGUUUACUGACUAAUGCCGAUUACACAACCGGGCAAAUAUUCGAUUUGUCGGAGAAAUUGGAACAAUCCGAGGCGGCAAUAGGACGUUGUGGUUGUAUUGUAGGAGGAGAAAAGAGAACGGAGGACAAGCUGCUGAAAGCUACAAAGGACAGUUGCAAAACUACUAUAGAAAUUAUACACGGACUGAUGGCGCAAAUGGUGAAAGACCGGUUGUUUAAUAGCGUUAAACCGGCCAACAGCGCUUCUUCGGAAUUGCAGUGAUUAGCAGAAACCCCUGUGGCGGAAGGUAUAAUUUUAAAAGCAGUUUCAUAUUUGAAAUUAUAAUAUUAAAAACAGUAAAUUGCAUUAAAGAAUUCUUUUUUAAAAUCUAUAUUGGUUUGAAUAUUUUAUUUAUAACAAAAUGCUGUGUAAACAGGAACGAACUGAUGAAAAAUUCAACAAGCUUGUUCAAACAAAAAGUAUAUUUAAGA